CUUUGACAUUUCAUCGUCCCCAUCCCAACCCAGCCGCCGGCUCAUGCAGCUCGCCUUGGCUCGGCGCUAUGCCUCCAGGGCACCUGCUCGGCCCUUGCCAACCAGUGCUAUGUUCCUGGUCCAACUCUGCGCUGGCCUCCAUCCGACCGGCCCUGGCUCAAACCUCGACAGGGCCGGCAUCCGGAGCUAUUCGGCCCGCUCUCCCAUCGGCGAAUACUCGUCAAACUCGCUCAUAUGGUUCGCCCAAUUCCAAAAGAGCAACCUGCCGCUUCUCAGCAGCAUCCUGUGCAUGACCCCCACCGAGACCAUCGAGGCUCUGGACCGCUUCGUGAAGGCAUGCGAGCACGAUCGCUCGAUCCCAGAGCGUCUCAACCACUGGGAACGGAAUGUGCUCGACGAGCUGACCAGCGCUGUCAAGGCCAGUCUCUCGGCAACGGACGACCUCCGCUGUCUUUGCAGGGCUGCCCUGGCCCUCGACUUUCUUGGCCAGAUCACCCCGGAUCUGCACCGGAUCCUCAUGUCGGCUCUGCACUCGUCCCUUGGCCAGAUGCGGCAAAUGCGUUCUCCGCUCAGCCUGGAUGAUGCAACAGCUCUGCUGAAGGUUUUGCGCAUUCCUGGGGCCGAUCCAUCCCUGUGCUCCGACGUGGUUGAUCUUGUCCGCAGCGCCGUGAGCCAAAUCAACCUCGACGGUGCCGACACGGAAGCACUCGAUAUCAUCAUCAACUUUCACGCAGCCCACAACCUGGAUGUCGCCGACUGGCCCGCCAUCGGCCGCCAUGUCUUGCAGCACCUCGAUCAAUUCAGCCGGCCGGCUCUCCUUUCGAUUCUGCCGUGCAUGUCUCGAGUCAACAUUUGUGUCGAGCCUCUCUUUGGAGCCAUGCUGUUUGAACACCACGGCAGUAUGUCGCCGUCGCAGGCAGCAAGGACGAUCGCAAGCUGGAAAUCGUGGUGUCGUCUGGGCUCACUUUUGCAGCCCGGCUUUGUCGGUACCUUCACAGCUCGGCUGUGGGUUACCGUGAAGGACUGUCUGCCGGCCUUCCCCACCAGCUGCCUGCUCGAUGCCCUGGAUGUCUUUGGGAGCCUCGAGCAGACCCACAUCUGCGCCCAAGUCGAGGAGGCUGUAUCCCUGAGAUUGCCAACCCUUUCUCGCACAGAGCAAAUCAUGCUCUUGUUUGCGUUUACGAUUCGCGGGAAGGAGCACCCCGCGCUGACACAAGCCGUGCUCGCCAUCGAGAACGUCCAUGGAAUCCCACCGCCGGCCCUGGCCCGCCUGGCUUAUCUGCUUUUCAAACUGGAGGAUCGAUCAAGCCCUACCCCAUCGAUGCUAUCGGCGCCCGGACAGCGUAUACGAGGGGACCUCUUGUGUAUUCUGGACCGCGAGUUGACAUCGUUUUCUGUCCAGGAACUGGCCCUCUGCUUCCGGCUGUUCUCGGAUAUGGACUUGAGCAUGUACGACGCCGAUGCCUUGCGGGACCGGCUGGAUCGCAUCCGUGAGUAUGCGGCGCUGAUGCAAGUCGACGAUCCUGAAGAGCUUGCUCAGCUGGUGGAGCUCUGCGGCAGUCAUCAGGGCGUCCAUGCGGAUUUGCUCAGGGGCACCAAGGACGUGGCACCGUCCAUGCUCGCGGAUGUCAAGCUGGAUAACAUCAGAAACCUGCUCGAGGCGGGCCUGCAGACAACCGGGGUGGUGCUUCCACAAGUGCGAUCCAUGGUGGAGGCCAUCCGAGUCGAGGAGAUGGACCGAGUGAGCCCCAGGCAACUGACAAAAUGGCUCGAAUCGGAUUCCGAGCUUGAGCUGUGCGGGCCACGGUUCCUCCAGGCCGUCCAAAUCUCCCUCUCAUCGGCACGACAACGAUUCAUCACACCUGCGGAUCUCAUUGGGCUGCUCAAGCUUUUUUCCAAGCAUCCCCGAUAUCCCAUUGGGCUUUGGCAGGAUAUUGUGGGCCGACUCAGACCAAAGAUCAAGAACCUGGAUCCGUCCAUGUUGGUGAUGCUGGCCAACUGUCUGAUGAUCAUCGAGCCAAUCGCAACCCACGAUCUCGAGGUGAUAUGUACCGCCCUGACGCACGAACGCAUCUCCAGAGUGGCUCCGGCCUUGAUCAACGAACUCCUGGAGCUGCAUCUCGCUUGCCGGCCCCAUAUGCGCAUCAGCGACGCCGACAUGGCUCAGAUCGUUGCUGCGCGGUGCUCGCACCUGGACGAAGACGGCCUCAUGAGACUCUCCAAGAGCGUUGCUCGCCUCAAUCUGCCGCGAAGGCUGCGCUACUCGCUGUACCAGAAGCUCGACGCCUGGCAAGGUGCAUAUGUAUCUCAGAAGCCGGGGCAGCCAGUGUCCUCUGGCCGUUUCGGUGGUCGCCAUCACCAGCCAGCAUCAAAUACAGCCCAAUUAAGAUGAUCCAAGGAAACUUUCCACUGGAAACAGUUUGCCCAGCACAUUCCAGAACAGCAGCAUCAACUCAGCCAGGAACAUGGUCCGGGUGUAACUCGAUCAUCGUUCAUGGCGAUUGGUCGGUGGAAACCAUGGGCCAGAGUGCAAAAGUCCAGUGUGGCGAACGGCCAUUCCCAGCGCACGAUGUUUGGAGGCAACA